AUGCAGAGGUUGCACAACUUGCUGCAACAGUUGUUGAUGCUAUAAAUAUUCAAUUGUUGGAAUCUCCACAUAUUGAAAAUGUCACGGUUGCGUUGCGACAGGUGCUUCAAGAACAAAGUACACAAGAUACGGAGACUUUUAGGGCAUCAUUAAAUAAGCAACCAUUAUAUGAUGAUACACUGCCAUUAAAAUCUAAAUUUUUUGAUUGGAGUUGCGAAUAUUUUCGAGAGCCACAAAUGAGGCCCGCUGAAUCAGAGCAAAUGGGUAGCAUCGAUGACAAUGUGCGGUCAUGGCGUCGCAAAAGAAAUGAAACCAUAAUUAAAUCCACACAACCGAUUAAGGAUGUUGCUGGUUCUAGCCGAUGGAAUAAACAGAUUUCCAUUUUCAAUAAUGAACAUGAGCCAUCAAAAUUAUUAUUUCAUCAAUUUGAACCUCAUAUUGUCGUAGCCAAUGAUAAGGAUAAUAUAAG